ACUUUUGAAUGCACACCAAAAAGUCGGAAGUAGAAUGGCGCUGUGUGAACAUAAGGAUGUUUAUCUCCCGACGUAGUUGAAUCAACAAAGUAUCCACUGUUUUCAUGUAAUCCUUUCUUGAAUUGAAGUAACAGUGAUCAGUGGUUACAAUGUCGUCUGCCGAGUGAUAGUCGCUUAAGGAGCUGCUAUGUGCAGACGCGUACACGAACUUUUAGCGCCUCUGCUUUGUGUGUGUGUAUACUGUUUACGUCUGUUGUCAGAGACAGAGGCCUUGCUGGCAUCAAGAGUGAGCAAUGACACGAGUAAUGAACGAUUUAUAUUCAUCGACGAAUCAGAAUCUAUUCGAACACACACCGACAGUCAGUUUGUUAAAGCAUACAACAACUUUAAGACUUCAAAGUACCCCGAAAUAUUUAUCCCUAUAGCCAUUGCCUGUCUGUUUUUCGGCGCCCUGGGCAACAUCGGCUUCUUCGCCCUGUUUGGUAACAAGCUGAAGAGGGCGUACUACACACGUGACUCUCUGUACUUCCGGUUUCUGGCCACCCUUGACAUCUUAGUCUGUUUAAUUGUAUUACCGUAUGCAAUGUUUUUUGAAGCUGAGCGAGUGACCAACAACUAUGUUUGUAAAUCCAUGGAAUACGUCAGACAUUUCCUGACCUACAUGGCCCACCUGGGUCUUCUGUCUUAUAGUUUUGAACUGCCCUUACGACAAGGGUACACAGCCAGCAAGAACCAUGUCAGACGUGCUGCCUAUGGCAUCGUGAUCUUGUCUGCCUUCUGCUCCAUUCCUGUAGUUUUCUUGUUCGAGAUCAAUCCUAUAGCAUUUAACAAUACGUUGCCUCCUAUACUGUACGUGAAGGUACACUCUGACGUGGAGGCUGACUUUACUGACGUCUACAAGUCCCUGGAGCCUAGAUAUUGUCACAUGACAUUAAAUCUGAACACCACCUGGGAAUUCUACGACUUAAUGAAGUACGCGGAGAAAAUGUACUACGCCAUCAACACGCUGCUGUACAGCGCUGGGUUACUUCUCUACGUGUACAAGGUCAUCCUGUUCAUAGACGCCCGCCCAUUAUUGGGACAGGACUCCAUCUUCAUCCAGACGGUCAUCGACGUCAGGGAAGGAAGCUUCAUCCUUCCAGAAGAUAUGGCCAAACAGGACAAGAAGAGGCAGUCAACGACCAACCCAGUGUAUUUGAGAGGCAAACCAAGUGAGGAGGACCUGGACGACAUAGACGCCCCUAUCCGUAAACAGGAUGAAGAGAAUAAGUCCUCCAACAACGAAGCCUCAGAUGUGGAUACUGAGAAAGAGAGUAGCCGCCCUGUUGAAAACAUGGACAAGGACUUCAAAAAGUAUGAAGAGAAUAAGUCCUCAAAAAACGACGCCUCAGAUGUGGAUACUAAGAAAGAGAUUAGCCGCCCUGUUGAAAACAUGGACAAGGACUUCAAAAAGUAUGAAGAGAAUAAGUCCUCAAACAAGGACGCCCCAGAUGUGGAUACUAAGAAAGAGAGUAGCCGCCCUGUUGAAAACCUGAAUAAGGACUUCAAAAAUUAUGAAGAGAAUAAGUCCUCCAACAACCACGCCCCAGAUGUGGAUACUAAGAAAGAGAGUAGCCGCCCUGUUGAAAACCUGAAUAAGGACUUCAAAAAUUAUGAAGAGAAUAAGUCCUCCAACAACCACGCCCCAGAUGUGGAUACUAAGAAAGAGAGUAGCCGCCCUGUUGAAAACCUGAAUAAGGGCUUCGAAAAGUAUGAAGAGAAUAAAUCCUCAAACAAUGACGCAUCAGAAUUGGACAGUAUAAAAAAGUAUAGACACCCUGACCAAAAUCAAAACAGCACAUCGGACCUGUCCCAAGAUCGAAAAGUCAGUUUUGGCGACUCGAUGGUCAAUUCUAUAACCUACAGCGCUGACGAAAGUACAAAAAACUUGCUACGAUCAGACUCCAAACCAAAAGCCCCUCGACCGAUUCUGAAAUCUCAGGAAAAGCCAUCAUUAAAAAUAAGCUCCUAUAAGAAAUCCAUGAUGCUCUUGAUUUUCUUGGACUUGCUGAUUAUCACGUUGACUGUAAUCAUUGACCUGGCAGUCAAGAGCAGCACCACCGUACUCAACUUCAUCCACCUGAAGAGCGUCAUCUCCUUCUACCUGAUCUCGCUCACCAACAGGGACCUCAGGAACGCCACCUGGGGCCGCUACAUCAGCUGCUGCAACAAGAUACCGUCAACUUCCAAGCGGCGCAUAGACAGCACUGCAGAGCCAGAGUUCUUCGGAAGCAAUGUUCGGCCGGAACUUAUGAAGGCCUGGGGACGGGAGUCUUACGAAGGGUCUGACGUCACGGAGACCAGUAACGUGUCUGGCGUCAGUGACAUUCCUACACCCGUGCUGCUACAGGACAGAUCGUACGGCAGCAGCGUCAGCGCCAAGUCAAGCGUCAUAAGAACAUAGCGUCAUUGGCAUUGAGGACUUAACUCGUUGUGUAUGACUCUAACACUAAUUUAAACUACGACACUUGAUUAUAACCAUACCUCUAUCUUAGGAGGCAGCUAUGAGUUGAGUUAUGACUUGAGCUAUGAGUUGAGUUAUGACUAGAACUAUGACUUGAGCUAUGACUUGAGCUAUGUGUUGAGUGUUUUGGACGGUAUUGUAUUCUAUAUUUAUUAAUACAGGACAUUUACUUAUUGACCUUUCACCUCGAUGUACUCGUAAAGAAAACGUGCACAGUAAGACCCUAAUGUCACAUUUACAGUAGCGAUUAUUAUCAUAUUUUCUGAAUUCAUAUUUCCUCACAUUCUACUCUUUACACGUUAUAACAAUGUUGUUGUUUAUUUGUAUACAUUUCAUAGUCGAAAUAAAUGAAUUCCUAUGAAUGCCCCCUAAGAGUUGAGACAUCGUGUAAGUUGGUUUUCUUGACACUAAUGGCUGCCAACGAGGAUAUAUUAGAAAAACGAUCACAAAGGCGAUUGGGCCCACGAUGA